AGAAAUUGAAUGGCUUUGGCUUUUUGCUUUUGUUGUUAUCUUCCAAGAUGUCCAAAUAUCUCCCAGUUUUUAACAGGACAACUACUUCACCUCUUUCAGUUUGUAAGAGCUGUGUGUGUCGUUCUCUUGGAUCAGCUUGUGAAAUGGGGGUUUUGAGUUUCUCUUUGCUUGUAAUUUGGAUGCUUGAAACUGUUGCUGCACAGCCAAAAACUGAACCCCGUGAAGUGGAUGCUAUAAACAAGAUAAUUGAUCAUUGGAAUCUAAGAAGCAAGCUGAAUUUAAGUGUUGAUCCCUGCACCCCAAAUGCUACCUGGGCUCCUGAGACUGCUAAUCCAAGAAUUGCCUGCGACUGUUCAGAUACUAUCUGCCACAUUACUCACUUAAAAAUAUAUGCCUUAGAUAUCUCUGGUGAAAUCCCUCAAGAAUUGUUUCUGCUGACAGAAUUGAGCGACUUGAAUUUGAAUCAGAAUGUGUUAAAUGGAUCCAUCCCACCAGAGAUUGGACAGCUGUUGAAAAUGGAAUACUUGGCCUUGGGCACUAACAAUUUCACAGGUCCAGUUCCUGCGGAGCUCGGCAACCUAACCAAGUUGCUCUCCCUAAGUGUUAGCUCAAACAAUUUGCAAGGGAGGCUGCCUCCUCAGCUCGGAAACUUAACCUCCUUACACCAGCUGUACAUUGAUAGUAGCGGGGUGAGUGGGCCAAUUCCACAAGAAUUAUCAAACUUGAAAUCCCUCCAGAUACUAUGGGCAUCUGAUAAUCGUUUCCGUGGAAAGAUUCCAGAAUUCUUGGGAACUUUUACUAAUCUCAAAGUCCUGAGACUGGAAGGAACAAAUCUCGAGGGCCCGAUUCCAAGCAGCUUUGCUUCUCUAACCAAACUGGAGGACUUGAGAAUUAGUGAUCUUGGUCCAAGUGAUAGUUCUCUGGAUUUCUUAGAGAAUUUGUCGAGUCUCUCCAUAUUAUCGUUGAGAAACUGUGGAAUUCGAGGCCAAAUUCCAAACCGAUUAAGCACGUUGCCCAACCUGAAAAUCUUGGACCUCAGCUUCAACAAGUUGACAGGUCAAAUUCCAGCUUCAUUCAAAACAUUUCCAUCGUUACAGUACCUAUAUCUUGGAAGUAAUAACCUGGAUGGUGAUCUACCUUCUGAUGUUAUAACUUCUUCACUUGUUGCCUUAGACGUGUCGUUCAAUCCUCUCACGGGGAAUGUCCCUCUUGAUCGAAAAGAUAUAUCAGUAAAUGUAGUUGGAACUUCCAUUAACGAUGUCAAUUUGAAUAACGAAAAGGCGUCCAGUAUGUUACAUUGCCUUCAAGGCAAUACAGAGUGCAGAACUAAAGGUCCAUCCACUUCAUUUUCUAUCAACAGUGGAGGAACGGAACAAGCGGCUGCAGAUGGCAUCAAAUUUGAUGAUGACUCAGAACAGCUAGGAGCAGCCUCAUUGUACACAAGCACCAACAAUCGAUGGGCGGUUAGCAGCACUGGAGUUUUCAUUUCCAACCCGAAUGGACCUCAGUAUACAGCUCAGACGGACUCUCAAAUCACAGGGACUUUGGAUUCUGAACUUUAUAAAACAGCUAGGAUAUCACCAAGCUCAAUGCGGUACUAUGGCCUUGGAUUGGAGAAUGGUGUAUACCGAGUUGAGCUCCACUUUGCUGAGAUACAGAUGAUGGAUGAUCCCACUUCUUGGAAAGCUCUAGGUCGACGUGUAUUUGAUGUCUACAUUCAGGGUGUAAAAGUAGUUCAAGAUUUCAAUAUACUAAAUGAAGCUGGAGGAUCCAAGAGAGCGCUGAUCAAGACAUUCGAGGCAAACGUUACCAACACAGUGAUGGACAUUCAUCUCUUGUGGGCUGGAAAAGGGACCUGUUGCAUUCCCUUCCAAAGCACAUAUGGUCCUUUAGUCUCGGCCAUACACGUCUCUCAAGUUACUGAGUUCAAGGAUUCAUCCAAGAGCAACAAAAGGCGUGUGGGAAAAAUUCUGGGGAUAUCCAUUGGAUGUGCAGCAGGAGUACUGAUAAUAUGUUCGGUUUUCUAUCUGUGGCAAACAAAGAAAGAGGCGGGCCACAUGAGAAUUCACUCUGGGAAAGAUUAAUGGUAUCUUGGUUUGGUUUUUGCUAAUGUUGUUUGCAUGUAAUAUUUAUGUCAAAACUGAUGGACAAAGUGCUCACUUUAUUUCCGUCAUUCAAGCUCUUCAACUGAGGCAAGAAAUAGAUUAAAUACAGUUCUUCUGCUA